UUGAUUGACGGAGGGAAAACGCAGUGGUUGUGGUAAGACGCUCGCCGGGCUGACUACCCCUUAGUGUACGACGUGGAGAUGGCUAUGAUUGGGAGUAAUACGAUCAUAAACUCAGGAUGAGGCGAGACAGAUCAAGGCGUGGUGCUCCUCAAAUUGGGGGCGGUUGGAUAUAUGGGGCCACAGGAAGCUUGGGGAGCAGAGACGUGAGUUUGUAACAGGCAGUGGGUCGAACAAUAGAUGGACUCCUCGUCUAGGUAAUGGGCUGGGCUAUCGUUGAUGAGGUGUGGGACGGUGCGUGAUAUGCAAGAUGCGUGUGCGUGCGUGGGCGUGGGCGUGGGCGUGGGUGUGGGUGUGGGUGUUGGGGGCUGCUGGCGUGAAAAUCGACGAGUCAAAUCAGAAGAUAGGAGAGAACACCUUCCCCGCGCAGUUGUUCAAGGCCGAAGCUGUGAAGGAAAGUAUAUGGGAGGCGCUGAGUGCUGCGGUUGGUCGGGCUUUUCAUUAAUACUGACUGGUUGUCAAGAUACUCGUCCGGCCGGGAUGUGGCCGGGUCGAAUAGCGAGGCAGAAUGAGAGGCAGGACUUGGAUUUUUUGGGACUGAAAGUGUGCGGUGGCUGGCCAUGCAUGCAGGGCGAGGCAUGCAAGCUUCUCCCCGGUAAAGGCUCGGCAGAGACAGCAAGCACUCACGGUCAAGGAUGGGGAGUUGUUUACCGCCAAGAGCGAAAGGUGUGAAAGGUGAUUCAAAGCCUGCGUUUGCAGAUUC